CUACGAAUGCCAGGGCGUUCCCGCGGAUUGGAUCGAGCAGCAUCUCGGAAAACAAGAUGAGGCGAAUGAGACUAGCGACUGAUGUUCGAAAGCUCCGCCUGGUUUUCGGGACGUCCCAAAUCUCCGCGUCCCUCCAACGAACAACAUCUUCUGUCUGUCUAAUUCUCUUCCCAUCCCUCGCGUUGCUCCUCCCGGUUAAUCUUUCGGCUUCUGCUCCGAGAACAUUGACUAACAAUUAGUUGCACGCCGCAGACGCGAUCUGCUGUGACCUGUCGGUGGACACUCGCGUGAUCGCGAAUAAAAAAAGGAAUAAUCGAUCACAGGAUGCCUCGAAAACGCCGCGCCUCGACAUCGUCGCUGGAAGAAUAUCCUUCUGACGAGAAAUACAUGAAGGACGACAUGGACAGUCGCGCUCCACGAAAUGCUGCCAAUGCCCGAGAACGCGCGCGAAUGAGAAUUUUAAGCAAAGCAUUUUGCAGAUUAAAAACAACUUUGCCCUGGAUUCCGGCUGAUUCAAAAUUAAGCAAACUGGAUACGUUACGUUUGGCCGCAACAUACAUCGCUCAUCUGCGAUCAGUGCUUCGAGAUGACGGUGAAGCCCAUCCUGAAACCACCAAAUCUUUGUCGCUGGCCUUGUCAUGGCCAUUCGCUAUUCAGAGCAACAACGCAGCGACGCUUAUGAACAACAGUUGCAACGUGUCCUCCUCGACGUCUUCGAGCUGUAAUCAGUAUCGAGGCCAGCAAGCGACUCAUGAUAUCCAAAACUUCCAUCAUUCGGGUCAUCAAGGCGCGACCAUGCGCCAUAAUCAGGAGCAACAGUUCUCUUAUUACUAACAAAAAAAUUCUGACAAUCCGAUCAGAGCUUAACUGACAGCGAGCUAGCGAUAUCUACGAAGAGCGACCACCAGCUGGGUUACAGCGACGGCGACGAUCCUGUCGUGCGUUCACGCCUUAUUUAUUCCAGAGUGCCUUACUCUAGUAUUUAUUAAUUUAAUCUUAAUGUAUAAUUACGAUUGCAUCUCCACUUUUGUACGGCAAGGAAAUAGUACGUACUAUUCGUGUCACGAUUGCAUGCGUUUUUUUGCACAUCAAAGAAAUCUAUUCUGCAAUCUAUUUUGUAAUCUAUUUUUUAUAAUCAUUUUUUCUUUAUUUUAUAAAGAAGAGAGGAGUAUUGAGAAUUCAAUAAUCUAACAUUCUCGAGGUAUUUUGAUCCGACAUCUUUCAUGAAGGGAUAUUAUAUAUUCGCGAGAGAGAAGAGACUGUUUCCUUGCCUCAUGUACUCACUUACCGCAAUACCACAUGAUAUUGUAAUCAUAAUUGAUACCAAAGCAUGUUAAC